CGAACUGUCCCGUUGGUCUCUGACGGAUGUAGCGGUUUGUAUUCUGUAACAGUCUUCAUCCUCCCAAUUUCUUCAUAUAUAUUUACUUUAGCAGGCAAGAACAUUGUCGUCAUGGCUUCUACAGUGUCCAUAAAGAUUGGGAUAAUUGGUGGUUCGGGCCUUGAUGAUCCUGAUAUCCUGGAGGGAAGGACUGAGCGAUACGUUGACACACCUUACGGGAAGCCCUCUGAUGCUUUAAUACUGGGGAGGAUAAAGAAUGUGGAGUGUGUGCUCCUUGCAAGGCAUGGUAGACAACACACCAUAAUGCCGUCCAAUGUGAACUACCAGGCCAACAUCUGGGCUCUGAGAGAGGAGGGCUGCACUCAUCUGCUCGCCACCACGGCCUGCGGAUCGCUCCGGGAAGAGAUCCAGCCCGGAGACAUCGUCCUCAUCGAUCAGUUCAUCGACAGGACGACCAAGAGAGCUCAGACUCUGUAUGACGGGCAGCCGAGCAGCCCUCCAGGAGUUAGUCACAUCCCCAUGGCCGAGCCUUUCUGCACCCGAACCAGAGAGGUUCUGGUGGAGGUGGCCCGGAGCCUGGGGGUCAAAUGCCACGUUGGAGGGACCAUGCUGAGCAUCGAGGGGCCGCGCUUCUCCUCGCGGGCCGAGAGCCUGAUGUUUCGCCAGUGGGGCGCCGACGUCAUCAACAUGACCACGGUGCCCGAGGUCGUCCUGGCCAAGGAGGCGGGCUUGUGCUAUGCCAGCAUCGCCAUGGCAACAGACUACGACUGUUGGAAGGAGCAUGAGGAGGCGGUCUGUGUCGACAACGUCCUGAAGACGAUGAAGGAGAACGCCAACAAGGCCAGCAGCAUCCUGCUCACUGCCAUACCUCAGAUCAGUCAGAUGGACUGGGCUCACACUAUUAAGACUUUGAAAACAAUGGCACAGUCUUCAGUGAUGUUACCCAAACACUGAGCGUGCAGGAAACAGUGUAGUAGAAAAAGGAUCCCGGACCCCACCCACCCCUCCACCGACCACAGACUCAACUCUGCCUGCCGUUUGUCAUCAGUGAAUCACAAGAAAGUGCCUCACAUAAUUAUUGCAUGUGCUCUGUCUUCAGCUAGAGUUUUAUUGUUUUUCCUUGAAUCAAAAUACACUCAUGAAUCUCCAGUAAAACCCCCCCACCUCAUACUCAAUCACAGGCCACCCUUUUUCUCCGGAACAAGCAUCAGCAUCAGUGUCGUCACUCUGCGGUCAGUCCUACAUCAUGUUAAGGUACGAGAAACAUUUAAAACAAUCUCAAAAGAUCAACAAAGAUUUUAAGUCUUCUAAAGAUUAUUCUAGAUAUACAAUCUUUGUGGAUUUAUAUUUUUGGUGGUCCGUGAACAUACACAAAUAUUAACAAAAUUAUAUAUUUGCAUGUAAAUCGUUGGUGUCUUUAUUGCUAUUGUUUUAAUGCGUUGCAACUUUAGCACUUUGUUGCCUUGGUUACAACUCAUUUUAAAGUCUACUUUGAACCUAUUGUAGUCCAGUCCAAUAUUUCAAAACCCUGAAUACACUUUGAGCAAAACUUUGUCUUGUUACUAAUGCUAGGAAUAUAUAUUUUUUUAGGGGCACAUUUUAAUUUGUUAAUAUUUUGUUUGUUUACUUUAAUUUGUGUUUGCUCUAAAUGAAGCUUGUGAAUCAAAAACCUGCAGCAUCCAAUAUAAAUAUAGACAAAACAUUUAUAGAUAAGAUCUGCACUGUACAUGCAAACUGUUUUCCAGUUAUCAUAAAUAAACUGGGUUUAAAAACUCUCUUCAUUUUUUACACUGAGUGACUUUGACCUAUACUGUAGGAAUAAGCAUCUAAUGAAAUUGGCAAUUUUUGUUAAAGUUUACAAAUGUU